AGCGGCGGGUCCGGGAGCAGCGGGAGCGGCAGCGGCGGCGGCAGCGGCUCAUGGCGCCCGCGGCGUCCGCCUGAGCAGCGCGGGCGGCGGCGGCGGCGGCCGGGACCUUCGCGAUGGGGGACGUGCUGUCCACGCACCUGGACGACGCGCGGCGCCAGCACAUCGCAGAGAAAACGGGCAAGAUCCUGACGGAGUUCCUCCGCUAUUAUGAGGACCAGUACGGGGUCGCCCUCUUCAACAGCAUGCGCCACGAGAUCGAGGCCCCCGGGGGCCCGCAGGCCCAGCUGCUCUCGCGGAAGGUGCCGCUGGACGAGCGCAUCAUCUUCUCGGGGAACCUCUUCCAGUACCAGGAGGACAACAAGAAGUGGAGGAACCGCUUCAGCCUCGUGCCCCACAACUACGGGCUGGUCCUCUACGAGAACAAAGUGGCCUAUGAGCGGCAGGUGCCACCCCGAGCUGUCAUCAACAGUGCGGGCUACAAGAUCCUCACCUCCGUGGACCAGUACCUGGAGCUGGUUGGCAAUUCCUUACCAGGGGUCACACCCAAGUCGGGCGCUGCCCCCAUCCUGAAGUGCCCCACGCAGUUCCCGCUCAUCCUCUGGCACCCCUCCGCCCGGCACUACUACUUCUGCAUGAUGACGGAGGCGGAGCAGGAGAAGUGGCAGGCGGUGCUGCAAGACUGCAUCCGGCACUGCAACAACGGGAUCCCGGAAGACUCCAAGGUGGAGGGGCCGGCGUUCACGGACGCCAUCCGCAUGUACCGCCAGUCGAAGGAGCUGUACGGCACCUGGGAGAUGCUGUGUGGGAACGAGGUGCAGAUCCUGAGCAACCUGGUGAUGGAGGAGCUGGGCCCUGAGCUGAAGGCGGAGCUGGCCCCGCGGCUGAAGGGGAAGCCGCAGGAGCGGCAGCGGCAGUGGAUCCAGAUCUCGGACGCCGUGUACCGCAUGGUGUACGAGCAGGCCAAAGCGCACUUCGAGGCCGUGCUGUCCAAGCUGCUGCUGGCCCGGCCGGCCAUGGAGGCCAUCAUCCGCACCGACAUGGACCAGAUCAUCACCUCCAAGGAGCACCUGGCCAGCAAGAUCCGAGCCUUCAUCCUCCCCAAGGCGGAGAUCUGCGUGCGGAACCACGUGCAGCCCUACAUCCCCUCCAUCCUGGAGGCCCUCAUGGUGCCCACCAGCCAGGGCUUCACCGAGGUGCGGGACGUCUUCUUCAAGGAGGUCACCGACAUGAACCUGAACGUCAUCAACGAGGGCGGGGUGGACAAGCUGGGCGAGUACAUGGAGAAGCUGUCCCAGCUGGCGUACCACCCGCUCAAGAUGCAGAGCUGCUACGAGAAGAUGGAGCCGCUGCGGCUGGACGGGCUGCAGCAGCGCUUCGACGUGUCCAGCACAUCCGUGUUCAAGCAGCGAGCACAGAUCCACAUGCGUGAGCAAAUGGACAACGCCGUGUACACCUUCGAGACCCUCCUGCACCAGGAGCUGGGGAAGGGGCCCACCAAGGAGGAGCUGUGCAAGUCCAUCCAGCGGAUCCUGGAGCGGGUGCUGAAGAAAUACGACUACGACAGCAGCUCCGUGCGGAAGCGCUUCUUCCGGGAGGCGCUGCUGCAGAUCACCAUCCCCUUCCUGCUCAAGAAGCUGGCCCCCACCUGCAAGUCGGAGCUGCCCCGGUUCCAGGAGCUGAUCUUCGAGGACUUUGCCAGGUUUAUCCUGGUGGAGAACACGUACGAGGAGGUGGUGCUGCAGACGGUCAUGAAGGACAUCCUGCAGGCCGUGAAGGAGGCCGCCGUGCAGCGGAAGCACAACCUGUACCGGGACAGCGUGGUCCUGCACAACAGCGACCCCAACCUGCACCUGCUGGCCGAGGGCUCGCCCAUCAACUGGGGCGAGGAGUACGGCGGCGGCGACGGCGGCGGGGGCGGCGGCAGCCCCGGCCCCCGGGCCCCGGAGGCGGCCACCCUCUCCGAGAAGCGGCGGCGCGCCAAGCAGGUGGUGUCCGUGGUCCAGGACGAGGAGGCGGGGCUGCCCUUCGAGGUUGGCCGCGAGCCACCAUCCCCGGCGUCCCCGGACAGUGUCACCGAGGUCCGGGACCUGCUGGCCCAGGAUCGUGGGGCCGAGAGCCCCCCGCCGGCCUGCCCCCUGCUCAACGGGGCCCCGUUGCCCGCGAUCCCUGCGCCCUCACCACCUCCGCCCUCCUCGCCGCCUGCAGCCUCCUCGCCGCCUGCAGCCUCUCCGCGGGCCUCGCCCCUCCAGCAGCUCCCGCCUGGCAAGGCUGUGGACCUUGAGCCUCCAAAGCCCAACGACCAGGAGACCGGGGAGCAGGAGUCCGGCCCGGGCGGCCGGCCCCCCAUCCACACCACCACCGAGGACAGCGCCGGGGUGCAGACUGAGUUCUAGGCCGGUCGCCCCCAGCUUCUGUUGGACACGGCACAAGGCCCCUCCCCCUGAGGCACCGGCAAGCUUGGCUCCUGGGAUUUGGAUUCGUGCCUCCAGGCGGGGCUGGGGCGGCUCCCCGGGCUGAGCAGGGACCGGCCCGCCUGAAGUCACUUUAUUGGGUUUGUCGUACUUCGUUGCUGUCUUCUCUUCUGUGGGGUGAUCUCGGCUUUCCUGCUUGGCUAGGGGUUGAGCAAAGCUGAGGGGCCUGGGGAGCACCGGUUCUCUCGGUCCUCCCCUCCUGCCUUUCCUCGUUGGCCCGUUUCCCUAAAGGGUCUUGCUAUCCUGGCGAAGAGGGAGGUAAAGGCAUCGUCUGCUGACUCAGAGCCCACGCGGCUCCUCCCCUCUCAUCAAGGGCUCGUUGGAACCAGGAACAUGGAGCGUCCAGGCCCGGCCCUGGGCCCCCUCCCCUCUGCUCUCCCAGGCAGGGCCCGGAAGCCAGUUUUGGAGUGGACGGGGCCUGGCUUUCCCCACCCGGAUGAGGAAUCAUAAGGCGGGUCCUCAGGCCAGAGCCAGGCUGGAGGGUGGGGGGAGGGGCCACACGCCUGGGGCUGGAAUAUGCUGGUCUGGGGCGAGGAAGUGUCUGAGGGCAGGAAAAGGGCAGGAAAGAAUGAGCCAUGCAAGCAGGAGGCCAGAGGGCAGAGGUUGCUGGAGGCCGGGCUGGCCUGAGGCUUGCUGGGCUGGGCUGAGGGCAGCGGCCCCGCUCAAGGGCAGGGUUGUGGAUUGUCUUCCAAGGGCCACCUCCAAGGUACAGCUGCCUGCAGCGGGAGCUCAGGGCUCCUGAGGGUCGCGGCUCCCUCCAGAGCACCACUGGUCGCCGCUCUGAGGGCUUGGGGUCAGGCUGAGGCUCGGCCCUUGCUGCCUGAGUCCUCAAGUCACCUCAGCCUGAACAUUCCAGGCCCGUUUUCAAAUGUGAGUCACUGAGGGCCCAACUGUCCUCAGCCCCGUCCCUGGGGGUGAGGGUCAGGCUGAGGCAACCCCCGGCCUGGCAGUCCCAGGCCCCGCCCCUGCUGCUUGGAUGACAGGGUCCUCGGGGUGGGCCAAUAAGUCCUGCACGCCCCCUCGAUCCGCUUUCCGGGCCCGGGCCUUGGACCCCAGGGUGGACGGCAGUGGUUGGUGCCAGUGCCCCACCCUGCAGCCGGAAGUUCAAACACCUCACCAAACCUCUACCAACACAUUCCGUCUUAAGAUGCCCUCCUCUAGUGCCUUCUUUUGGGGUUUUCCAAUCAUUCCUCCCAGACAUUGUAUUGAAAACAUUAAGCGAACUGUUCAAGCUUCUACUAAUCAAUAAAUGCUUUAUUUAAAGCC